CCCUCGUCGGAUCAGAUACUCCUCCGGCGACCGGCGGCCCCCGACGCCGACAUCCUCCCCAACCUCCCGUCCGAGCAGGAAGCGCGAGGGAGGAGAGGAGGCGCGCGUGCGCGCGCGAUUCGCGGCAUCUGAGCGCCACGGCUGCGACCGCGCGCCCUCCGGCGCCUCCCGCCGCGGUGCUCGCAGCACGGCCCCGACGGAUGCUCGGCCGCUUCCCCGUCGCGCUCCGCCUCUCGCGCUGUCUGCUGCGCGGGAGCAGCGGCCGCCGCGUCCUGUCCGCUAUGGCCGGAGGCGACGGGGAGGGCCAGCUCGGGGAUUUCUUCGAGUACAUGGAGCGGCUGCGCAACUACGAGCGCUCGGGCGUGCCGCGCGGCGCCGGCACCGACUCUGACGACGGCUUCGACCUCGGUCGCAUGCGCCGCCUCCUCCGCCGGCUCGGCGACCCCCACACCCACUUCCCGGCUGUGCAUAUCGCUGGCACCAAGGGGAAAGGUUCAACCGCUGCAUUCCUGUCCAAUAUCAUGAGGGAGCAAGGCUACAAUGUGGGCUGUUAUUCCAGCCCACAUCUUCUAACAAUACGUGAACGAAUUUCUGUUGGAAAUGAUGGAGGCCCUGUCCCAGUUGGACUGCUGAGUGAUCUUUUCGAUCAGGCAAAGGAAGCUAUUGAUGAAUCAAUAGAAUUAGAAAAUGGAGCACUGACACAUUUUGAGGUUUUUACUGCUCUCUCAUUUCUUCUAUUCUCACAAGAAAAUGUUGACAUUGCCAUCGUUGAAGCAGGCCUUGGUGGAGCUAGAGAUGCCACAAAUGUCAUACAAAGUACUGAAUUAGCAGCAUCUGUCAUAACAACAGUAGGGAGGGAGCAUCUUGCUGCAUUGGGUGGCUCCCUGCAAAACAUAGCAAUAGCAAAGUCCGGGAUCAUCAAACAAGGACGACCAGUUGUGAUUGGUGGACCAUUUUCGACGGAUAUUGAGCAAAUUAUUCGUGACAGAGCAUUCUUGACGCAAUCCCCUGUCAUAUCUGCUUGUGAUCCUGGCAUUAAGAGCAUUUCUAAAUGCAUAUAUUGGGAUAACGGAAAGCCGUAUCAACGCUGUGACAUCAGCAUCAAGAUUUCAAAUGAUACACUAUUCUCCAUUGAAUUGCAUGAUGUAAACCUUCAGCUGCUGGGAGAUCAUCAGCGCCAGAAUGCUGUUACAGCUUCUUGCACAGCUCUCUGUCUCCGUAACCUAGGAUGGGAUAUUUCCGACGCUUCGAUCCAAUCUGGCUUAGAGGAGACGCAACUUCCUGGGAGAAGCCAGUUUCUUACACGAGAGGAAGCCUUGGUGCUUGGGCUUGAUGGACCAUCCACCAUACUUAUCGACGGAGCCCAUACCGAGGCAUCAGCAAAGGCCUUGUCAAACGUGAUAGAGACUGUCAGACCGGAAGGGCCUCUGGCUCUUGUUGUCGGAAUGGCUAAUGACAAGGAGCAUCUUGCAUUUGCUGAACAGCUUCUAGCAGGUUCAAGGCCCAACGUGGUGUUGCUGACAGAGGCGAGCAUCGCUGGAGGGGCCUCCCGUGCAAUGCCCGCACCGUCGCUGAAAGAAAUAUGGAUGGCUGCGGCACGCGACCUGGGCAUCAAUUGUGUGGACAUCGGCACCAUCAGCGGUGCUAAGGCUCCAGAACACAUUGCAAACCUGGCCGCAUCGCCAUCGAGCUUAGCCGGAAAACCCACGGUGAUGAUUGGGUGCCAGGACGCCGCGGUGCCAUUCUCCUGCAACCUGAUCAGGGCCGCCUCCCAGAUCAUCCUCGAGAGCAGAGGCGGCGGCGCAUCUCCUGGCCUCGUCUGCGUUACCGGCUCCCUGCAUGUGGUCGCGUCUGUACUGCAGCAUCUGGAGCGGCAUUAGCGCAUGUUGGUUGCCUGGUUCUAAAGGAACCAUUGGAUAUCAUACACUGGAAGCUGUACCAGUAGAAGAGUGGCAUGCACAGGUGGAUGGCUCCACGGUUGUGCAGACUGCUGAUUACUGAAGGCCUGAAGCUGUUACAGUGUAACUGCUGGUACGGUGGUACCGAUGAAUCAUUGAAUCGGUUCACGGCUGGUGCGUGCUGAUGAUGUGCCUGCUCCUGACCGAGGAUUCGAGACGGAAAAGAUCUUCAACUCUUUCCCCUUUUUUUCGUUUGUUGAGAUUUUGAGAUGGAUCUUGCUGUCGUGUGCAUUUCCGGACGGUCAGCUCUGUGAGCCCAGCUAUCAUGUGUGUGAUAGACUGAUAGCCCGCGCCCGAUUUUGAGGUUUUUUUUCUUUUUUUUCUGGGUUUCAACUUUCAAGGAGCGCUGGGGACCCAACGUCCCAACCUGUGGAUCGCAGUGCCAACCUAGGGAUGAAGUUUUACUACUCAACAACCUACCUUUGCUCUCCA